ACUAGCAACCACAGAGCAACUUGCUAGCUUAGCCUGCUAGCUUUAGUUUAAAACCAACAACAGACACACUGAGCUUUUAUCUAUUCUGUGUUUAUUGUUUUGGAAAUAUAGAUAUACAAGUAAACAGAAAUGGAUUCUGAUAGUCUGCAUUAUUUUGUGGAUUUAGCUGCUGGUAACGGUUUGACUCUGAGCAGCGAACAGAGAGCUUCACUUCAAACCUCUCUGGUCAUACUGAAGAAAAACUACAAAUUCAGUCGAGUUUUGUUCUGGGGAAAGAUUUUGGGGAUAAAAUGUGAUUAUUUCAUUGCCCAAGGGAUUGAAGAGGAUGAAAUGAAGAAUAAAAAGACUUUAUACAGUUUAAACUGCCUGGAUUGGCACCUGCUUCCCCCCGCCACUGACUCAAUGAGGGCAGAUGUAGAAUUUGCAGCAGAGGGGCGGUUCACGGGCGACCCAUCCCAUGAGUCCCAGCGCACAGAGAUGCAGACCCAGGGUGAGGGAGACGAAACUAAAGAGGAAGAAGUCACGGUAAAAGUAAAUGAAGAGAGCAGGCUGGCCGUGACUGUGUUUAACAUCGAUAAAGAUGCGUCUGUAGUUCCCCGGGGUGCAUUUAUUAAGAGUCCUGGUGGCAAAGUGAAGACAAACCUGAGCUUUAAAGGUCUACAUCCCACAGAGGCCGCAAAACUGCGCAAUUACCUGCACUUUCGCGAGCCGGUAAACCUAAAGAUGAAAUCCAUCUUGGAAAUGGCAGACCUGAACCCUGCUGUCGACUUCCUCGACCCUCUGAGCGAGGACAUUCCCAAAGGGUCGUGGAGUCUGCAGUUUGAGCGGGGAGGCACUGUUUGUGUGUUACGCAGCUUACUGUGGCUGGGUCUCACUUUCUUCAACGUUCCCCAGACCCCUCAGCAUGGAUACAUCUACAUGGGUGAUGGACUUAUGAAUCUUGACCUGCCCUUUAUGUUAUAGGAGCCAAAUGACUUUUGCACCUUAUUGUGGCAUCGUAACGUUUUAAAGACAGAAGAAGCCUGUAAACGUGAAGAUACAGUCAACUUUGACUUUCACUGUAGUUUUCUUUUCUGGUAUUUCUUUUUGAGCAAAACAUAAACAAAUGUGUCAGCUUGUUUAGAAAACC